AUGAAUGGCUACUUAGAAUUUAAAAACAAAUUUGUAAAAGUAUUAUCUAAGUUGAUCUGUGUUCCAGAUAAAUUUUGGAGCUCAAUGAACAAAGAUUUAUAUGUUGUUGAGGAAGAGCACAGUGGAGGUUCCGACAACAGAGAAGGAUACAAGCUCAGUUUUCAUACUGGGUCUUAUCCAACACAAAUGUUUAUCGAACUUCAAGAAUUGGUACCAAGGGUGGAUGGUGGAUUGCAGUUUAAUGAAUCUAUUUUUAAAAUGCCAGUUGCAGCUCAUUUUCGAGUUCUUUGGUUAGAAACAGCAAGAUGGGUGAAUUUUGAAGAAAAUUUUAAUGAAGUGGAACAACGUUUUACAGAAGCUCAUGUACCACCUAUGAAGUUUUCUUGUAUAAAUAGCUUCAGGGAUAAAUUACAACAGAAUUUGAAAAUUAUACAAACUGAUGCACUUACACUUGGUCAAGCCCUUGAUGAAGUGGCAAAAUAUGCUUUAUCACAAAACUGUAUUCAAGGAAAUGAACAAUACGAUGUUUUACGUGCUAUUUUGUUUGCUGAACGUUGGCAUCCAGAAGUUAAAGGUCAUAUAUCUGAUGCGGCUGAAUUCGAUCAGUAUUGGGCAGGAACUUUACCGGAAGGUAUCAAUCCUAAACCAGCCUUUUUACAAAGAGCAUCUGUGGCAGCGAUUGGAGCUAAGAAGCAUAUUUCUAUGACAAGAGCAUCUGUUUCAACGAAUGAUUUUAAACCAAAGCUUUCUCUAGGUAGUAGAGAACAAGGAGCAAGUUCACUUUCAAAAGCGCUUAGUAUUCACAAUGAAUGUCAACAUCCUUAUCAUCGAUAUAAUCAACCUUUAACUAAUUGCUUAUCCUCUGGUUCUGAAGCAUGUACUGUUAUUUGCGGUUUAAUUGAAUUUGUAAAAUCACCAAUUCUUGUACUGUUAAGAUUAAACAAAACUAUUCAACGUUCAUGUAUUUCGGAAGUCGAUAUUCCAGUACGCUUUAUAUUUAUUUAUGUUGGACCACAAAAUGAUGAAUUAAAUUAUGCUGAAUUGGCUCGUAUAUUUGCAGUAAUGAUGACUAAUGAUACAUUUCGGUUAUGCGUUUACGACUCAAUUUCAGUUGAUGACAUUAUUAAAGGAAUUGAUAAUUUUAUGCAAGAUUCAUUUGUUAUGCCACUUUCACGUCAUUAUAAUGCUAAUGCUCUAGCUGGAAUGACACGUCAAAUUGAAGCAUAUAGAAAAGAAACAGUUUGUGAAAGAGAUGGUGAUCGACGACCAAAAGGUUCAUUUACAGUGAGAAAGUUGACUGAACAAUCACAAAACAAUUUAGUCAAUGGUUCAUAUGUUCCAUCUUCACUUAAUUUGAAACAACAAGCUGAUAAUAUCAUUAAACAAGAUAGUGAUAAACUACCUGUUCCAACAAAUGAAACUGAUACACCUAAAAUAUCUAAACGAAAAAUAUUUUUACGGGAUUUUUGUCCACCAUUUAUUGAAUUAUCACGUGGAAUUCGACCAUGGAUAAAACGAAUGCCAGGUGAUUAUAAAGAUGCAGUAAGAAAAGAAAAUUUAAGUAUUGUUUUUGGCAGUGUCCUAUUUAUCUACUUUGUCAAUCUUUCACCGUCUAUUACAUUUGCUGCAUUAUUAAAUACACAAGUGGAUCCUUCCUACACUGUGACGUUAACUCUUUUAGCAGUUGGAGUGUUUUUGAUUAUUUUCACUAUUUUAUCUGGCCAACCACUUGCAAUUAUUGGUAUCUCUGCUCCUAUGUACAUUGUUGAAUCUUCUUUAGUGUCGGUUUCAAGGAGUACAGGUGUCGAUUUUAAACAAUUAAGAUUUUGGAGUGCUUUUUAUUGUUCUAUAUUUGGUUUCAUAUUUGUCGGUUGUAAUAUGUCUGGGAUAGCCAAACAUAUAAGAAGAUCAGUAGAAGAAGUAUAUAAUUCAUUUAUUGGAUUUUUCUUUUUACUUAAAGCAUUAUUUACAAUGUUUUUAUUGAUUCCUGCUAAACCUGUGGAUAACACUCCAAUAUCCAGAAUGGCUUAUUAUCAAAAAUUAGCAGUAGCUGGAGUUACACUAUUUUUAGCAUUUAUAAUGCUCCAGUUCUGUUUAAUACUUGCUCAGUUAAAACGUGGGAAUUACUUUAGAAGGAAUAUUAGAAAACUUCUGGGUGCUUUAAAUGUCCCUCUUGGUAUGUUACUUAUUACUGGAUUGGAAAGAAUAUUCUUUAGAGGUUAUAAUUUACCUACUGUAAAUAUACCACCAUCAAAUCAAGUUAAUGCAUCGACAUGGGUUAAUCCACCGGACUUUGCACGUUUACAAGAUUAUAGUAAAGCUGCACCAACACUUAUUCAUGGAACUUCAAUAGCUAUUGGGGUGGCAUUGGCUAUUAUUAUAUUUACAGAAGCAGCUUGA